UAGUCCGGUGUGCGUCCAGAUUAUAGGUAUCAAUUAUUAUUCAUGUCAACGUCAUAACUCUUGAGUUAGACAUUAUCUAUCUAUAUUUGUAGUAACCUCAAAACUAUCAAAUAAAGUACUGUGGAAGUGGAAAUUGAUUUAGUACUAUUUUUUGGUGGAAACUAAUGUAAUUUACGAUUUUACGAUCUCUCUACAAUUUCUUUGUUUACAACGAAGUUUAACGACGAAAGAAAGUGCACAAUUUAAAUUUUUUGAGAAGAAGCCGUUCCAUUCUAAACUUUAUAAAUUAAAUAUGUAUGAAUGUUUGCAUCGAAUUGAAUUGAACACCUAUGUUUAUUUGUUGAUCGAAUAAUAACUUUGCAACUUACGCUGAUUUACUUCAGAGGAAGAUGAGUUGCAUAGCUGUGUGUGAAAGUUCCAUCGUCGUAGCGAAAGGUUUAGUUGUUGAUGUUUACGACUAUUCUUCUCAUAAUUACAUACACGCGCUUGUAUCAUCACAAAGUUUUGAUAAAGAUCAUAUUAUUGAUAUAGCAAUAUCAAAUAACUCUAAACAUCUGGCAUUCAUAACCUCUGCGUCUAAAAAACUUUUGGUGUACACUCUACCUUUGACAAACGAUGAAGUUCACAAAACUUAUCAACUACCAAGAAGCGCAAGUAGAAUAAGAUUUACAACAAAUGAUGAACAAAUAUUAGUUGCAGACAAAAGCGGUGAUGUACUUAUUUUUAACAUCAAGGAAAAAGAUGGUGGAUCUAAACUUCUGGGACAUUUAAGUUUACUUCUAGAUGUUUUACAAACAGGUAAUGGAAAACAUAUCAUCACGUGUGACCGAGAUGAGAAGAUAAGGGUGUCAUGCUACCCUAAUACUUAUAACAUUGAAUCAUUUUGUUUAGGUCACAGUGAAUUUGUAAAUCAUAUAGAAAUGUUACCUCACAAUUCAAAUUUAUUAACAAGUACAUCAGGAGAUGGAACAAUCCGAGUUUGGGAUUACAUAAAGGGGCAAUUAAUUUAUUGUAUUGAUACAUUUCUUGAUAUCAACGAUGAAGAACUAAGACUUAAGUUUUGCAAACUUAUGGAAGAAGAUGGAGUAGAAGUGAAUGCUCUGCCAAUAGUUCAUUAUACAGUUACCCAGUUAAAUGAAUCGAGCAGCUUGUGUGCAGUUUAUGUGCACUCUUAUAAUGCAAUACUUUUUUACCAUUUACAAUCUACAGACAAUGAAACCAAUUAUUUGUUGGUUGAAAAAUUAACAUUAGAUUAUGUUCCUGCUGCUUUUAAAUUUUACAAAUUAUGUUUCUACAUAUACAAUGACAUAAACUGCAAUAUCAAAAUAUACAACAUUUUACGUAAACCUGAUAAUAUCCAUUUACAAUUUGCAAAUCAAAUAGAUUUGGUUGAGCUGAGCAAUAAAAUAAAAGAAACUAAAAAUAACUUUGAAAUAAUUAAAGUUUUGUAUAAACGUAAGUUUGAUAAUGUUCAAGAAUAUCAAGAACGAAAGAAACAGAGGCUUGAGAAAAAUUCUAAAUAAAUAAAAUUUUAUUCA